UGAAACCAGGCGGAGGGGGUCGAUGCCUCGGGUUCUGCAUAACAACUGCUGUCCUGGUGGGUUUCUUUUUCAUAGGACCAAGAAGUGACGCGAAUCUCUGAUCCCCUUUUUAAGCGCAGGCGGCUCCGCGGGCAACGGAGGGGGGCACGUUCAUUUCUUUACGCUUUCAAGGGUUUUGUCUCCGCGCAGCUCUAGAGCCUCUCUACGUUUCAAAACAACCUUCUUUGAGUUCUGAUUCACCCCCGCGGUGUUUGUGCUACCAUUCCUGCCCUCCUUUUGGAAUUGACACUAAUUUUAUCCAGAUUCGUCACUGCUAGAAACGGCUUUAUCUCGGAAUCGCGGAAAGCUGUGCCAAGUAUCUAGCUUGAGGACUGGGAGAGAGGGAGCUCCUUCGAGUCGGGCGCAAAAGCAGAGAGCCCCGUGGUCACACCCGAAAGCGGGACAGAGGGUGGCCGAGGGGCUUUAGAGCCUUCUUCCCACUCCUCCAGGAAAGCACCACACUUCCGCGCGAUUAGUGCAUCGGAACGGUGAGCAGAAGGAGAGCGGGCAAUGAAACGAACGCGGUCGCCGUCCCUCCCCGGCUUCCCUCCCUUUGCUGAUGUUCCCGCACCCCGGCAGCCACAGCGGAGCUACGGAUCCCCUCUCGACCCCUUCCCCAAGUCUCGGCGGGGAGGAGAGCGGGGCUGCCUGCUGCGAGCCCGGCUGGGAGAGCUUCCAAGCGAGGCUUGAGCCGGCUGGGCUGAAGCUGCGAAGCGCUUGUCCUCCUCCGCUUGCCCUCGACGAAGCUGUGCCGAGCCCAGCCCCUCUGAUCCGAUUCGGGCCGUGCCGAGUUGUGCCCGUUGGCUCCGAGCUGUGCCGCUAUCCGGGCGCGCCACCCAGCGGUCCUCCUGCCUCCCGGGACACAGAAAAUCCGGGCCCGAGAUGAAGCCCAAAAAAACAGACAAGAUGGAUCACGUGUUACUGCUGUUCAUAUUUUUCAUGCCUGCAUUGGGUCUUGCUAAUGGAACAGGAACUGAACAAGAUUUUACCUGGCAUUUAAAGAAGGUUCCUCAGAUUGUGAGCGAAAGAACUUUCUCCCUUGACAGCCCUAAAUUUGAAGCAAAACCCAAUUUGGAGCUGAACAGCGUAUGUGGAAUUGAAUGUCAAAGGAAAUUGCCAGUACCCAGCUUGUCUGACUUGAAGGACUUCUUAUCCUAUGAGACUAUCUUUGAAAAUGGCACGCGGACCCUGACUGAAGUGAAUGUCCUUGGUCUGACACUUGAUCCAGCUGGAAACACAACUGCACAUAAGUCUUUGAGAAAGAAGAGGCAGAUAUAUGGAACAGACAGUAGGUUCAGCAUCUAUGACAAGAGGUUUAUGACCAAUUUUCCUUUCAACACAGCUGUGAAGAUCUCCACUGGCUGCAGUGGCAUUCUCAUUUCCCCAAAGCAUGUGCUCACAGCUGCCCACUGUCUGCAUGAUGGCAAGGACUAUGUUAAGGGCAGCAAAAGGCUGAGGGUGGGUCUGAUGAGGACGAAGUCCAGAGGUGAUGGCAGGAAACGCAAAGGUGCUAAAAGAAGCAGGCGAGAAGCCCUUGAGGCCCAAGAGGAUUCUGAAGUUGCCACAGGACAAAGGCGACGAUCCAGAGGUGGUGGGAGAAAGCAGAGGAGAUCUGGGAGGAAGCAGGGGAGCUCAGACGGCAUGCCUUCCUUCCAGUGGACCAGAGUGAAGAGUACCCACAUCCCAAAAGGCUGGUUUAAGGGUUUCUCAGAAGGUAUUGCCCUAGAUUACGAUUAUGCUGUUCUUGAGCUCAAGCGACCCCACAAAAGGAAAUACAUGGAGCUGGGAAUCAGCCCUACCAUCAAAAUGAUGCCUGGCAGUAUGAUCCACUUCUCAGGCUUUGACAAUGACCGAUCUGGGCAGCUAGUCUACAGAUUUUGUAGCAUUUCUGAUGAGUCCAAUGAUCUUUUUUAUCAGUACUGUGAUGCUGAGCCCGGUUCCACUGGGUCUGGUGUUUAUCUUCGUCUGAAGGAGCCAAACAAGAGGAAGUGGAAACGCAAGAUCAUUGCUGUAUUUUCGGGCCACCAAUGGGUGGAUGUCAACGGGGAACAGCAGGAUUACAAUGUAGCGGUAAGAAUUACUCCUCUCAAAUAUGCCCAGAUUUGUUUCUGGAUACACGGAAAUGAUGAGAAUUGCGCACAAGGCUGAAGAGAGUUGACACUAACUUGCCAAGCACCCAUGAUAUCAUAGAGUGAAAAUCUGCUGCCGAGAGAAAAGCGGCUACCGAGAGAAAUCAUUCCGCAUCAGGAUGCCUUCAAGCUCAAGGCUCACAAAUGUGUUAUGGUGACUUGAGUGACUCUGAAUGGUUGGGGGAUGGGUAGCAUUGUCAAACAAAAUGUUUUCAGUUGUAAUCAAAUCCAGGUCUGCACUUGAAAUCCCAAGCUAUAUUUAUAAAUUGUGAUAAAUUCUAAUCAUUCACAUCAGAAAAAAAUGGCAACGCUUGUUUGUCAUUUUUUUCCCCCACGGAAAGGAUUAGACCUUCUCAAACUGGUAUUAUUUAACACCAUACAUUUUUCCAAUGGAUUUUCUUUUCUCAGGGUUCUGUUUCAAUUCUUCAAAUGCAAGUUGCACAUACAUCCCUUUACUGUAUGCGCAGAAUGUAUGUGUACAGCAUGAGACCAAGACUUUUUUUGGCAUUUUCUAAAGACCACAGCUCCAUGUUGAGAAACAGCAAUCUAGUUCAAGCUUGUUAUUUUGGAAAGCUUUGGUUGCUGGAGGAACGCUCCCAUGGAAAUCCCACAUUUCUCUAGUUGAUGACCAGACCUAAAAGACAAGUUUUGCUUCACUGCUCAGCAAAAACAACAGAGAAAAUAAUGAGCAGAAGUUUCCAUGUUUGGAAGAAGAAGAAACAUUAGAACGUAACGUAAUGCCUUUGAAUAUUCUUUGAGAAGCUAGACAAGUCUUAAACAUAUGGAUUUAUGUUCUAGUUAGUGUUUGAAAAGCUGUAGCUGUAGUUUCUUUUCAAACAUUUUGCUUUCCCAUAAGGCAAAGCGGUGGCUGUUUGACAAUCAUUUAGAGCUUCACCUCAAAGCCACAGGUGAUGGCUUUAUUGGGUGCUAACCAUUUUUGCAGACGUUUAAAAUUACUUUAUAAGAAUUCAGCUUCAUAGGUAGAAUGCUCUGGGUAUUAUGCUGGGAGUUGGAAAGCAGUAUUUCCUUGCCUUUAGUUUUACAAAGUGGGUAGUUUGAGUCAUGUCAUAUUGAGACUCCACCUCAACUUGAGUUUUAGGGUUAAAUUAAAAAAAAACCUCCCAACUAAAUUAUACAACCUUCUGAACGGUGGACAAACUACCCUGUGCAUUAUGAGAGAUAUCAUGCUAUGUAGCAGCAGUAGUUAUCAAACCAUGUGGUUCAAUAUGUUUGCUGAACCACGCAGUUAAUGAAAACACAAAGUGAGCUUGACUUCUACAUGCUUUUAUACAUGAAUUGCCUUUAUAAAAAUUGGUUGCUGUUGAUUGCCAUGCAAGCCUUAAUCUUGUUGUUUUGUUGGUGUUUUUUUUUUUAUAUCAAGAUUUUGGAGUGCACAGGGUUGUUAUGAUGCUAUGUUAAUCUAAUGACAUAAAAGGAUACUGUGUACUUCAGAUCACAUCCAUUGUAUUUAAUUACAUCCACAAUUAUUCAACACUGCAAUAUUUCAUUUUUUAAUAAGUUUAUAUUGACCAAAAUCCUUUUUCUUCCUAUGCAGAAGGAAAAAAUAUAACAAGAUUUUCAAAUAUUAUUCAUCUGUUGGUAUAUUUGAAAUAUGCUUUUAACAUUUUUCAGUGAAAUAUGAUCCUUUUUAAUAACUUGACUUUUUCUGUAGACGAUUGAAAACAUAAAACCUGACACUUUGACUGCGCAGGCGAUUUUGUCAUAUUAUUGACAAAGCAUAAAAAUUUAACGCUUGUUUCCAUACCUUAACUAUUACAACAUUCCACUAAUUGGAAAUAUCUCACUUUAAUGGAAAAUAUUUCUUUCAACUUUUGCCAUUUCAGGCAACAUUAAACUUGUUUUUUUUUUUU